AUGGAAAGUUACAGAAGAAGGUUGGGGCUAGAGAAGGCUAUUUGCAAUGUGUCUAGCAAAAUUUGGGCAUUUUUUGAUGAAGAGUAUGAAGUAACAGUCUUGAUGGACACAGUCCAGCAACUUACACUGAAAUUAUUCAACUGGGAUGUAGAUAUGGAAUUGUUAGUCGGGGGUGACUUUAAUAUCACUGAUAAAGAGGAGAAGUAUGGAGGUUUACCUGUGUCUCUGAAUGAAGUUGAAGAUUUUAGGCACUGCCUGGAAAUUAAUCAUUUGAUCAAGUGUGGCUCAGAUCACUCUCCUUUGCUGCUGGAAUGCAAACAAGAGGUUUUAUCCCAAUGGAGCAGGUCCACUUAUGGUGAUAUUUUUCAGCAAAUCACUAACCUUGAGGAAGUGAUUAAAGCUCAUGAAGCACUCUUUGAAUCAGAUCCAUCUUAUGCUAACAGGGAGAAACUUAUGAAAGUACAAGCGGAAUUUACUAGAGUAUUGCAUUUGGAGGAGGAAUUUUGGAAGCAAAAAGCUGGAAUGUCUUGGUUUCAAGAUGGCGACAAGAAUUCCAAAUUCUUCCAUGCUUAUGUGAAGGGCAGAAGAAAAAUGCUACAAUUGAAAAGAAUACAUAACUCGCAGGGGCAAUGGCUUGAGAAUGAGGAAGAUAUUGCAGAGGAGGCGGUUGGGUUUUUUCAGGCACAAUUUCAUGAAACUAUGCUUCCUACACAGUUUGAUAUCCUGAAACAUAUCCCUUCCAUGAUUAGUUACGAACAGAAUGAAGAACUCGUUGCAGCUCCUACGAAAGAAGAGGUGAAACAGGCGGUUGUUGGUUUAAAUAGUACAAGUGCAGGUGGUCCUGAUGGUUUUACAGGCUUGUUCUUCCAAACAUGCUGGGAUAUUGUUGGGGAUGAUAUUUUCAACAUGGUUUGGGACUUCUUCAGUGGGUUUGAACUGCCUAGAUACAUUACUCAUACUAAUCUUGUGUUGUUGCCAAAACAGAAAGAUGUCCACACUUUUAGUGACAUGAGGCCUAUUAGUAUGAGUAACUUUGUGAACACGGUGUUUUUCAGAGUGGUACAUAAGAGAAUGGUCCAUUUGUUGCCGGAUUUGAUAUCACAGAAUCAAGCAGGAUUUGUGAGGGGUAGAAGCAUUAUGGAGAAUAUUUUAUUGACCCAGGAAAUAAUCACUGAUAUCAGACUCAGAACUAAUAAAGGCAAGAAGAAUGCCAAUGCUAUUGUUCCUAAUGUCGUAAUGAAAUUGGACAUGUCGAAGGCCUAUGAUAGGUUGUCAUGGACUUUUCUUACAAAUGUUCUGAGGAAAAUGGGAUUUUGUGAGCACUUUAUAAGCUUGAUUUAUGAAAUUGUUGGAAAUAACUGGUAUUCGGUACUCAUCAAUGGCCAACCUCAUGGUUUCUUUCACUCUACUAGGGGUGUUAAUCAAGGGGAUCAUUUGUCGCCUACUUUGUUCAUAUUAGCUGCUGAAGUAUUAUCGAGGGGUUUUAAUGCUCUGCAUAGCAAUUUGUGGUUUACUGGAUUUGGUUUGCCAAAGUGGAGUCCGAAAAUUAAUCACCUAGCGUAUGCAGAUGAUACCAUCAUUUUCUCAUCAUCCCGUGAGAUAUCCCUGGGUUUGAUCAUGAAUGUUUUGACUGAAUAUGAACAAGCUUCUGGUCAAUUGAUAAACAAGACUAAAAGUUCAAUAUAUUUGCAUGAGAGAGUGGAUGAGGAGGAGUUUCGAAAGGUAGAAAGAGUUACUGGCAUUGCAAGGAAGGAAUUUCCUUUGAUGUAUCUGGGUUGCCCAAUCUACUACGCAAGAAGUAAGAUGUCAUUCUACUCGGAGCUCAUUACGAAGGUGAGAAACAUGCUCCAGGGAUGGAAAGGGAAGCGGCUAUCAUUUGGCGGAAGGGCCAUUUUAUUGAAACAUGUGUUGCAGGCUAUGCCAAUACACUUGAUAUCUGCUGUAGAUCCACCUUCCUUUGUGAUAGAGAAGCUGCAUAAAAUAUUUGCUCAGUUUUAUUGGAGCAACACUAUUGGUGAAUGGAAUAGACAUUGGGCAGGAUGGGAUACUGUCUGCUUGCCUUGCGAUGAAGGGGGUUUGGGCUUCAGAUCUCUUAGUGACAUGUCUAUGGCAUUGUUUGCUAAGUUAUGGUGGAAUUUUAGAACCAAACCAUCUUUGUGGAGUUCUUUCAUGAGCAACAAAUAUCUGAAAAAGAGCAAUCCUAUUUUGGUGCCAUGGAAAGAAGGUUCGCAUAUAUGGAGGAAAAUACUUCAAGCAAGAGAUUUGAUUGAUCAUCAGAUAUGGUGGCAACUUAGAAUGGGGUCUUCUCUGUUCUGGUUUGAUAAUUGGACUGGUUUAGGACCACUUUAUUUCCUUACACCUGCUGAUUUUCACUGCAAUGAGGAUAUCAAUAAUGUUUCUGAUGUAGUGACAGAAGGUAGGUGGCAUGAGUUGGCAAUCAGAAAUAAUUUGCCUGAAGAACUUGCUAAAUAUAUAUUAAAUGAUGUUCAACCACCUGCCAGAGGGGAUGAAUUAGAUAAGCCUUGGUGGAUGCUUGAAACUAAAGGUGAUUUCACUGUCAAAUCUGCAUGGGAGUAUAUAAGAAGCAAGGGUGAAAAAAGGGAUGUUUACAAGAAGAUAUGGGUGAAAGUGUUGCCUUUUAAAAUAGCAUUCCUGAUGUGGAGGGUGUGGCAUUUCAAAGUGCCAUUGGAUGAUGUGAUCAGGAGCUGGGGAUAUCACAUGCCAUCUAUGUUUUCGUGUUGCGUGGCACCUAAGGAAGAAACUGUUCUUCACAUAUUCUUAAGAUGUGAAAUUGCUCAGAGGACGUGGUCCUAUUUUUGUGCUGCUGCUGGUAUUAAUAUUUCAGGAAUGCAUUUGCAUCAAGUUAUAGUGAAAUGGUGGACUGCUGAUGUGUUACCUAGAAUGAAACCUAUAUUCUAUGCUAUUCCUUCUAUUAUUGUGUGGGAAUUGUGGAAGAAGAGGAAUGGGGAUAAGCAUAGGAAUAAAGUUUUUUUUAGCAGAGUCAUAUAUCAAGCCUCAACUAACAUUCAACAACUGGUAAGGUUGAGGAAACCAGGUAUCAAAAUUAUUCCUCAUAGAUGGCUUGACACUCUGAAAAUAUUAGAACAAUUUGUUCCUAAAUUACAAGUGACAAAGGUUUGGUGGUAUUUUCCUCCUGAAGGGUGGUGGAAAUGUAAUACAGAUGGUGCUACUAGGGGCAAUCCUGGUAGGAGCUCCUUUGCCUUUUGUGUGAGGAAUCAUACUGGUGAUUUGGUAUUUGCUAGAGCUAAGGAAAUGGAGGAUGCAACAAAUACUGAAUCUGAAGCCAUGGCACUACUUGAAGCUGCUAAAUACUGCUUAUCUCAACAUGUUUACUCAUUCAUUAUGGAGACUGACUCAAUUUUAAUGAAGAACAUAUUGGAUAGGCAGUGGAAGCCUCCUUGGAAUAUAGCAUUGGUUGUUGAAAAAUUGCUAGAAAUUAUAGACAAUGCUAAUGUACAGGUUCUGCAUAUUAUGAGAGAGGGUAACCAAUUAGCUGAUCACUUGGCUAAUAUUGCACUUGACCAUGCCGAGGAUAUCGGUGUUUUUACUGAUAAUUUGACAAUGAGUAGGAGGAGCGCGGAUUCUCUUAAUGAGGGGCAAAAUGGGAAAUAUGAACCUGAUGGUUGGACUAUCAAGACUGUUUUUCAUGAUCAGGGGCAAAAUGGGAAAUAUGGUUUUAUGACAAGUGUGGCUUUAUUUUUCUGGUUUUCUUGGCAUCACUCAUCAAACCCUUCCUUUAACAACUUGCUGCAUAUCCUUAGUUGCAUACUAAGAGACCAUGAAGGGAGUAUCAUUGCUGCUUACUCUAUUCCACUUGGAGAGGGUACCAAUAACUUGGCUAAACUGGAAGCUGCUAGGGCCAAAGAUCACAAGCUCAAAGGCUACAGAUGUGCAGUUCUCUUGAAGAACUGCAGUCCUGGCUUUACUGAUCUUGUUUUCUGCAGUUGCAGGCUAAAAAUGAUGUUGGUCUGGCAUAAAGCUGAUCAUAACUUACUCCCUAUUGAUUCUAAUUUCUUGGAAAAUGAUAUGGGAAAUCCUAAUCAUUUAGGAAAUCUUGCCAGAUAUGCUAAGGCUGAUUGGGGCAGAUUUUCAGAGAUUUUCCAAGAUUUUCAAAGAUUAGUUCACAUAGCAAGAGUUUCACAUAGCUGGUUGUGCAAAGUGGCUUUGAAAGUGGUGAUGAUCACAUUAGAGUAUGUGGUUUAUGGUGUAUGGUUAGAAAUACCUGGAAAACACAGUGUCUUUGAAAGGAAGGCCAACAAAAAACACAUGAAGGAACAGGAAGCAGCAGCAUAUAUGCAGCAGUGGUACACUGGCAAGGAAAGUGCAAGCUUAGCAUGA